UGGGCAUCCUGGCACAUGGUUUCCCCGAAUCAGGUGCACGAAACAUUGCCUUUGCUACUUUUUCUGCUGGUGCGCCCAUUGGUGGAGCUCUCGGAACGCAGAUUGGUGCUUUACUCGCUCAGAAGACCCAUGCAUCUUGGCGCUCUCUGUUCUAUUUGUUCGCUGGGCUCUCUGCUCUUUGUGUUCUUGGCGGAGUACUCGCUAUCGACGACGACAUCCCUAGUUUGGAAGCGGACAAGCGUGUCGAUUGGAUCGGGGCGUUCUUGGUGACGGCAGGGCUUGUGCUCUUGUUGUUUGUGCUCGGGCAAGGCCAGCUCGCCACGCGAGGCUGGAAGACUCCAUACAUCAUCACACUUCUACUUGUCGGGCUCCUGUUCAUUGCCCUCUUUCUUGCAUGGCAGCACCAUCUAGAGAAGAACUCGGAACGGAGCAAAUACCUGCCUCCGCCGUUGAUGAAGCUGUCGUUGUGGUCCCGCGCAAACGGCAAGUUUGCUGUUAUGCAAGUCAUCGCGUUCUUGGAAUGGGCUGCUUUCUUGUCCUGGUUCUUUUGGUCUCAGGUCUAUUACGAAGACUACGUGAAGCUCGAUCCGAUCUUCACUGCAUUGCGGAUGUUGCCAAUGACAGUGGCUGGAUUCCUGUGCAACGUUUUUGUUGUGUUUCUCGUAAGCCGGGUUGAUCUAGUCUACCUCGUUGUCUUUGGGACAACGUUCACCGGAGUCGGAGCCUUGUUGAUGGCGCUGAUACAUCCGGGCGCACCGUACUGGGCCUAUGGCUUCCCAUCUCCGAUCGUCUCUGUUUUCGGCGGUGACUUCGUCUUGGCUGCGGGGACACUGUUCAUCGCCAAGAUCUCGCUACCUCACGAACAGAGUCUGUCCGGCGGUAUCUUCCAGAUGGUGAUGCAGCUGGGAACCGCGUUCGGACUGGCAAUUACGAGCAUUGUGCACACAUCUGUUGGUAAAAGUCGCAGCGGAGAGAUAGGUGCUCCACUUGUAGCAUACCAUGCCGCACAAUGGACUGCUUUUGGCAUGGCAAUAGGCUGCUCUGUUUUAGCCGUGGUCUUCCUGCGGGGAGUGAAGCCCGUUGGCAUCUCAGCUGUUACAGUGGUGGUACCUGAUGAAUCAAGCGUCGAUGAAGCGGUUAAAUCUUAGCCUUCUCUUAUAGAACAGAGCUAAGUACGAGUAUUAAUAGCUUGUGUGAACUGAUCUACUGCUGUUGACGAUCCAUACCAAAUUCCUACUUAUCAAGCGGCCAAUCGUCUUCAUCCUCAUCGAGUCUCCCAAAUGGUCCUCAAGCUCUACGGCUUCCCGCUUUCCAGCUGCACGCGCCGCAUUGCCGUUGUCUGCAAAGAGAUCGGUGCUCCCUUUGAGCUCAUCUCCGUCAACAUCGCCAAAGGGGAGCAGAAAUCGGCAGAGCAUCUCGCCAGACAGCCCUUCGGUGUUGUCCCUGUGAUCGACGACGAUGGGUUCACGCUCUUCGAGAGCCGUGCGAUUGCGCGAUACGUCGUCGCCAAGUACGGCAACGGCAGCACACUCGUCCCCGACCCGAAGGACAUCGCGGCGACGGCCAAGUUUGAGCAGGCUGUGAGCAUAGAGAACAACAACUUCGAUGCGAUCGCGGGCCCGAUUAUGCUCGAGAAGGUCAUGAAGCCCAUGAGGGGUAUGACAACGGAUGAGGCCAAGUUGACGUCCCUCAUCGAGAGCCUGAGUGCCAAAUUGGAUGUCUACGAGCAGAUCCUAUCCAAGCAGAAGUAUCUCGCCGGGAACACCCUGACCAUCGCUGACCUUUUCCACCUUCCGUGGCUCUACGGUCUCACAACGGCGGCCAAAUUGGACCUGAUUACCAGCCGUCCAAACGUGAACCGUUGGUAGGAGGAUAUCAGCUCCCGUGAGAGCUGGAAAGCCGUCAAGGAUGGGGCAUUCUAAGUCACAAUACUGAUUCUGAUCUGAUGCUGAGCAAAAUAAUAUGAGACCACAAUGAAAUUAGAGGCUAACCUGCAUAACAUCGGUAUCCAGUACCCCCGAGGGGACAUGUGGCAACAUCGAUAUCCAGUUAUCGCACUAACAGCGGGGCCGUGAUGUCUGAGACCGCAGAAGUCUGUACGUGCUUGAGAGCACUGACUCUUGUACAGUGGGCAGGAUCGGUAAGUUGUCGCAGUUUUCAUCUGCUAGAGAUGAAGAUGAGGGUAAAAAGAUCUUUGAAAUUGAAGCCCAACCCAUCCGCAUCGUUGACUGUGAUGACAUAAUUGCUUUCGAGGUGCUUCCUAUUCAGCCGCGACGGUGAUAGAUGGGGAAGCAAUCUGCUGGUAGUGCAAUUGGACUGGUCUGAAAUGACCCCUCGUCAGCCGCACUGGCCACAUAGAAUCGCUGAGGGCUGCCCACGGUCUGUCUCGGCGAUAUCACAUCGGCAUGCAAGCAGGAGAUUACUUGGGCUCAAUCUUAGUCCCCACGGCCCGGUGACUGGUCCAAGAUGAUGUGGUGUGCUUCCUUUUAGAUCGCCGUAGGGGUCGGGUAAAAACGCCGGAGGGGUCGAGUCGAGCCAUCGUCCAUGGCUUAGGGAUGCUCGAACUUGCUUCGUCAAUAACCUUGGAGCAAUGCUUCUACCAUCACUAUUUUUUGCAUCGAUCCGAGGCGUAAAGAUCGACUAGGCUCAGCGCGCUCAUAGCUGCCCUAGUCUCGACGCAGUUCAUAUCUCGGUCAUUUCGGGCCAUCUCG